AUAUAGAGACCUAAAUUACCUCCAAUCUCCUCGUCCUAGCUGAUCGCCGGCGGUCGUUGAUAUAUUCCGACUCCGAGUUCAAUCGCCGUUUACGGUUCAGCGUCUCUGUGUUCCCCGCACGCGAAGCUCUCUCCACCGCCAAGGUUCUCCAAUAACUGAACGGCGAGAGGUGAUCGCCGCCAUAUCUCGCCGUCAAAAACGAGGAUCAAUUUACAUGCUCGAGUUCUCCUCUCCCACCAGCCGGACAGCUAGAACAGCGGAAGGGAGAGGCAACAUGUCGAGAGGAGGCAGCUUCGAUUCCUCUCAUCUCCCGUCGAUUUGUCCUCCUGAAUUCUCUAAACCCCCUCACAAACGCCCACCGCGCCGCCGGAAGGCGCCCAAAAAGUCGCCCGUCAAGAAGUACGAGCCGGUCAACGUCCACCACGGCGUCGCCGAGGCAGGUCCUUCGAAUUCGGAUACGUAUGGACCGGUUUCGCCGCGAAAUGAGCCGAGUUUGCCUAGUUCAGUUGAAUCCCCAGCUGAGGAGAACUUGUUGGAGCCAGAUAACAGGGUUUGUGAGAGUAAGAAUGAAGUCGGUGAUGGCUCCGGCUGCGGCGUGGUUAUUGACGUUAUGACGGUAUUGGAAGAGUUGCAGCUUGGGGCGGAAGAGCCCGAGUUGUCUUCUGAUCAGUUCAGAAUCAACGAUCAGUUACAGGAAGACGAGUUACUUGCAAUGGAGUCCAUUUAUGGAGAAAAUGUCAUCAUUCUGGACAGGCAGAGAGGCUUGAGAUCUUUCGAGAUUCGUAUUGAACCUAAAAUUCCUGAUGAACUUACCAUAACCACAAAACUUCCUUCAUCAAAUAGUAAGAUGCAGACGACAAGCAUAACAAGUACUGCAGACGAGUUCUCAUAUUCGUUUAGAGUCCAGUUUGUUCCGCCAAUUGUUUUGACCUGCUCUUUCCCCAAAUCGUACCCAAGUCACAAACCUCCACAUUUCACCAUUUCUGUUCAGUGGCUGGAUUCCCUUAGAAUUUCGAGUCUUUGUUCGGUUCUGGAUUCGAUAUGGAUGGAACAACAGGGGCAAGAAGUUAUGUACCAAUGGAUUGACUGGCUUCAAAGCUUUUCUCUUCCUCACCUCGGGAUUCAUCAAGAGAUCAUACUCGGUCCUUAUGGAGUAAAGCAUACUGGAGACAGGCGUGCAGUUUCAGAAAGUGUCUCCCCAGAUGUUGAUAUUCCUUCACUGAGGAGGUAUAAUGAUGAGCAAACCCUUGAGAAUUUCCGUAACAACUUGCAUGAGUGCUGCAUUUGUUUCUCGGAGUACCCAGGCAGUGACUUUUUCAGACUACCAUGUCAGCAUUUCUUCUGCCGGAACUGCAUCAAGACUUAUUCCGACUUGCAUGUUUCAGAAGGCACUGUGAAUAAACUCCUGUGUCCUCAGUCAAAAUGUGGGGGUAUGGUACCACCUGGUCUAUUGAAACAGUUACUCGGCGAUGAAAAGUAUGAACGCUACGAGUCCUUGUUGCUACAGAAGACGCUCGAGUGUAUGUCAGAUGCUGUGUAUUGCCCAAGAUGUGAGUUUGUCUGCAUUGAAGAUGACGACAAUUUCGCUCAGUGCUCCAAGUGCUUCUUUAACUUUUGCUCUCUUUGCAAGAAUGCACGCCAUGUAGGUGAACCUUGCCUGACCCCAGAGUUGAAGCUUCAAUUAUUGGAGAUGCGCCUCAAGUCUUCUCAAAUUAGCUCAACUCAGAGGCUUGCAGAACAAAAUAAGAUCAACGAACUUUUGAGUGAGAAGGAAAUAGCUCGAGAUGCCAAGCUUUGUCCACAUUGCAAAAUGGCAAUUUCGAAGACCGAGGGCUGUAACAAGAUGGUUUGUGGUAGCUGUGGGAACUACUUCUGUUACCUCUGUAACAAAGCCAUCACAGGAUAUGAACACUUCAGGUAAUAACCCUCCAGUUACUCGAACGUGAAUAGAGGUGGCAAAUGGAUUUCUAUGUACCCUUGCAACUUUUUGGAGCAAACUGACUGGUGUCGUUUUGAAGGGAUGGAGCCUGUGAACUAUUCUCACAAGAAGCUAUUCAGCAGUGGGAGGCGCAGAUGAAUAUGCGUCAGACUGUUGGUCGGGUUCGAGCUGAACUCAACCUUGGUGAAGCUCACUCGUGUCCUAAUUGUGGUCAACGGAAUGCCAAGACGGACAAUAACAAUCACAUAUUCUGCUGGGCAUGCCAAAAGCACUACUGUUACUUGUGUCGCAAGGUUGUGAAGCGUAGCAGUGAGCAUUACGGCCCGAAGAAAUGCAAGCAGCAUACAGCUGGAUAGCCUUCAAGUUCAGUCAUUCCCAGUUGGACGAUUCCUUCCGGUUCUUUCACGAACACACACACACAAAAACGGGUUUUCGCUUCUGCUAAUAUUGUGGUUAACUGGUUGUUUUACGCUUUAACAUUUGAUUAGUUUUAUCUUAAUAAGUUAGAGGAGAGCAUACAAGUGGCAUUUGUCACUACUACUUGAAGUCGAUUGCUAUUUAAUCCAUAUGCGCACUUGUCUUCCUCUGCCUAGAAGUUUGAUGAUGAGUCAGUAAAUGAGUGUGAGAGAGAUGGAGCCUCUGCUUGCCUGCUUGCCUAGAAGCUUGGGUUGUGGAAACAGUGGAAGUACUCGUCUGAUUGGAUAGUAUAUAUAGUUCAUUUAAACUAUAAUUCAUGUAUUUUUUAUGGGUUCCAGACAAUGAAUUUUCAAAACCACACAUUCUUAGUAUACACAUAAUCUUAAUACGCAUACUCGUAAUACAUAAUUUUCAGAAUCAAAGGUUCCAAACGAUCCCUUAAU